GUUUAUUUCAUGCCUACGCGCAGUCUGUCCAUCCAUUUGUCCAGUCUGUCCAUCCAUCCAUCCGUCUACUCACUUUAUCUACUGCGUCGCACUACAUCCAUAUGUGUGUUGUGUAUGUACAUACACCAACUACAUACUCAUAGUCAGCCAGCCAGCCAGCUUUGACCUACUCGACGGCCUUACAAACCGCAAUCAUCGAAAACCUUCACACAGACACAGACACCACAUCAGAGGCAGGCACACCUAGUGCAUAGCGUCAACCGUUUCGUGGCUGUGGCCUCACCGCAGUUCUCCUGGGUCUCGCGCCAUGAACUGCCCGGCGACACGAACCGCAUCCUGACCACACACACGAGAGGGGGAGGGGGGGCCAUCCCUGGUGUGUCUGUCUGCAUGAUGUGUCUGCACCCAUCUCACCUUGAGGAAUGUUCCGGGCGACGAUGGGCCGUGGUUGAUGGGAAACUCCUUGCGCCCGUCCAACUCAUACAGACAGCCGUCCAUCUGCAGACAGACAGAGAGAGGGACAUGAACAAUGCGCACAUGGCGGGAGGGCUGCUGUGUCACCUCGAUGAGUGCGGCGAAGUGCGUCUCGACUUGUGCAUCGCGUGUGGGCACUCGCGACUGUCCCUGCUGCUCCACCUCUGUGUGGGCCUCCUCUAUCUCAUCGUCCUCCUCCAACGCCUGACACCCACACACAUAUGGACACACACACGGAUGGAAGCAGUCAUCUGUCCAUGUGUGUCUUGGGUCAGUCACCUCGGCUCGCUGGUCAGGGCUGAGGGGCAUCGUCUUGGUCAGAAACUUGUUGAAGAAACCCUCGGCACCUACACAGGGAGGGACAUCCAGUGACUGACACAGUAAGUAAAUGAAGUGUCUAGUGCGUGUAUGUUGGCCUUCCCACCCACCGAGAGGCUGUUUGUCCCGUAUGUUGAGCACCGUGUGGAGGAUGCCGACAGUGCCACACGCAUUGCCAACCGUCUGCACACGUGAACGGAAACACAGAGGAACGCCACACGAUGAUGGCCUAACUGUCUCGCGUGCGUCACUGGUUGGACCAACCUGACCUGUUUGGUGAAGUAGACCUUGGGUGAGACGGUCUGCCCGUUGGCCUUGACGCGAGCAGCCUCCUCCUCGCGAUGCUUCUCAGUCUGAUGGGACACGAGUACCCACACACACAGUGCAGUGUAGUCGUGCCUUGUGUGGGCUGGUUACAGUGUCUUUGAUAGGGAACAGCAGAAUCAACCCAUACACAGGCUUCGGCACCUGCACACACGCCACCAUGGCCCGACACACACAUGCACCUCCUCUUGGUGUGAUUCCCUUCCCUCUGACCAUGUCGAGGGCCCAGUCCUCAGUGGUAAGGACGUCCACGCACUGCACGGGCGGGCCGCCCAGCUUCAUUAUGUACUCGGUCAUCACAUCCGGGUUGGCCUCCAGAGGCAGCCACUUCUUGUGCGACUUCUUGUUGUCCUUGCUCAUCCUCGGUAGCCCGCCGAGCCGCCCUUUCCAGCCGAGUGCAGCAGGAAGACGCAGAUCUGUCGGGCGGUGGAGAGCCCCACUGCUGAGGAUGCAGACCGCAACGAAAGCCAAGCAGCACGAUGACAGGGCAAUAGGCAUGCAACGAAGGUGUCCAG